UUGUGUAUGUUUCUUAUAAUAAUUUUCUAGGUUGUUUUAGGUAAAUUGGAAUACCUGCUGCUGCUACUGUUGCAACAAUGAUGGAAAAAAUAUAACGACAGAAUAAACGGACGUAUAUGAGGCUAAAACAACAACAACAACAACAAGAAAAAAUUAAUGACUUUAUGUUAGUAAAUAAUAAUGGUAGCUAUACAUCGAAAAACUUGGAAAUUAGAAUAUAGCAAAAGAAACGAUAUAAUAUGGAAAAAGAAAACCACCACCACCACCACCACCACCACUGUGUUAUUCGAAUAUUGCACUAAUAUCCGAAUAACUUCAUGUGAAAACAGGAAACCAUAGCGACCACCCCAAUAUGGUUGUUGUUUUGGAUCAUUCGUUAGAAAGAAAGAGAAAAAAAAAUAACGAUCGAUUGAUUGUUUGUUGUGCAUAGUUUAUAUUCGAUCCAAAGAAAUUUUCAUUUUAUUCAAUAACGGGCGUCUCGAAAAAAAAAUAAGACAGUUGUCUAUAUGUUUUGUGUGUGUGUGUGUGUGUAUGUUUGAGUUGUGAAUCGUAAAUAUUCGAAAAAAUUUCAUUAGUUUAAACAACACACAUUGUCAAUAUCGAACGAUUUUGGAAAUUUUUUUUUUUGAUUUCAAAUUGAAUUUUUUUUUUGUUCUUUUCAAAUCGAUCUCUAUGCUCAAUUUUGAUUUCAAAAUUGAUUUAUUGAAUUUUCUUUUCAAGAUAAUUAAUGGAAUUCGUAAACGAUUCAAUAUUAUUAUCAUCAUCAUCAUCGUCAUCAUCAUUCAUUACUCAUCCAUUGAAAUAUCAUUGGAAUACAAUAUUUCUUCUUAUUAUUAGAAAUCCAUGAACUUUUAAUAUAAAUCCAUAUGGGCUGCGGUGUAAGUUCCGAUCAUUCGAAUAUUACCAAUUCAACAUCAUCCACAUCUUCAAUGAUAAACAACCACAGCAAUAAUAAUAUCAAUGGAAUUCACCAUCAUCAUCAUCAGCCGAAUUAUCAUCAUCGGCAUAAUAAUUUUCGUAAACAACCAACGCAACAAUCAUCAUUAUCAUCGCCUGUAUCAUCAUCAGCAACGGCAGUUAGAUCAAAUUUAAUUUCCAAUGCUAAUCGGACUAGUAGUGGUGGUGUUGGUGUUGGUGUUGGUGGAAGCAUUGAUGGUGAUGGCAAUAACGGUGAUCGAUUCAUAUUGAAUUCAUCUGAUGAUUCAACAACCAAUGGUUCAGGUGAUUGUAUAGCCAACGGUGUUCCUAUAGUCGAUAAACGUAAUGUAUUACAAUUGUUUAAUAAUCUGGAAAGUACAAUACAAACUAUGGAAGAAACGAAAUGUUUUGAAAAAUAUCGUAUUGCAUCCGAUGAUGGUGAACAGGUGAAAGAAUUGAUACAGAAUUUGAAUGAAAAAAAUGAUGAAAUGAAUAAUAAUAAUAAUAAUCUUUUAAACACAAAUGAAACCAAAUUAACAAAUGAACAUACAUUUGGUGAUAUGAUUGUCGAUAAUCUAAGUAGCCACAAUCUAUCACCAAAAGAAACAUUUCUUAUUGAAUCAUUUAAUAAACAGAAAAUUAAUGAGCUUAAAAUCGAAUUAUUGGAAAAAGAUUUAGAUAAUUAUGAAUCUGAAUUGAAAGAAUUACAAAUACUUUGUGAUCAAUUACAUGAAUUAUAUCAACAACGUGACAAUGUUUUAAAUCAAAUAUUCGAAGGCAAUUAUGGUAGUGAAAAAGAGAUACAAUUGGAAAAAGAAUUGGAUUCAUUGAUAGAAGAACGUCAUUAUAUUGAAAUAGCCAAGAUUCGUUGGAUCAAUUCAGAUAAUUUAAUUAUAGAUGCACUUAAAUGUUUGGACAUUGGUGUGGAAAAAAUUCGUCAAUUUCAUCAAGUACCUGAAAAUGAUUAUGUUUUCCGUUAUACUUGUAUGAAAGAAGCACGAAACAGUCUCGUAUUGGCUCAUUAUAAUCUAAUUUCAUUGCACAAUAAUCUAAAAAAUGUUCAAUUACCACAUUGUAAAAUUGAAGAUAUUGAUCAUCUGGAAAAAGAAUUGAUAAAAUUAUUCAAUGAUCUAACAGCUGAUCGAUUAGAAUCAAUGAUCAAUUCAUUAGAAUUAUUGAGAACCAAAAUGGUAACACAACACAAAUGGGUGAAAGAGGUAUUGAACAAAACGAUAAAAAGUGAUCUAUUGAACAUAAGAGAUAAAUGUCGAAACAAAGCACAUGAAUUACGUUUCGAACGUGCCAUGCUGAUCAAACAGAAACAGGAACAAUGGAAUCAUGAAGAAAAUGGUGGUAGUUCGAUGAUAGCCGAUACAAUAAUUAAAAAUGAAUCACCAUUCGAUUUGCGAGUAGACAGUGGAGUGGAUAGCGAGCUUGAUGAAUCAGUUAUUGUUGAUGAUCAAUACAAUAGGAUUCUAACAUCGGCCAAAGAUUCUAUUCUAUCCACCGAUUUCAGUAACUCAACUCCAUUAUUACCGGGUGAAGAAUUGGGACCUAUGCCAAGUAACAAAGAAAUUUUCGGCAAAAUUACACAAAUUCAUCAGAAACAUCUUCGCGAGAUGCAAGAAUUUGAACAGAAUCAAUUGAUGAAUAAAGCACGAAUGAGUCAAGGUUUGAAAGAAAAACUGGACGUAAGACGUUGCCGUCGGAAUCGUAUUGAGAUGCAUAAACGCCAAUUGGAAGCUUUGCAAGAAUAAAACACAGAUAAACGUCCGAAUUAUUUUGGGUUAUAUAACGCCAAGAAUGUGCCUUACAUUGUCUUUUAUAAUUCCAUAAUAAGAAAUAUUCUUGAAGCGGUCAAAAAAAAGUUGUAAA